UUCUGUUGUAUUUACUUUACUGAAUUAUAAAAACAUGAUUCAAACACUAGGUUGUAAUGUUUAUCAAAUUGAUAGAUUAGAAAAUCAAGAACUUUCUAUUAGAAAUAUGCAACAUCUUACAGACCAUUCUAUUGAUUUACUAAGCAAUCUCUUUAAAGCUAAUAAUAUUAGUUAUAUUGAAAAAGUAUUAAGAUAA